CAGAUGGAUAGGUAGUCGGACAUCAUUCAUCGCGCGAAUAGAUACAGUCCGAUUCCAUAGUAAUCGCAUAGAAGCCCGUCCACCCGUCCGUCUGCUGCAUACUACGCGCAUAGGACGAGGGUCGGCCGCUACGUCGCGAGACAGAAUGCAAACCAAGCCAAAGGCAAAGUCAGGGGAUUACCACAGACCCCAAUCGCCCGCUUUGAGCUAUUCACCAACAACGCACAACUCGUCCAACCCGCCAGCACCUCUAUCUCUCCAUCACUCCAACUUCAAUUCCCAUCAACCUCGUCUCCCUCCCACCUCCCCCGGCACCGCCGAGCUCCCUCCCAUCAGCACGGCCCUAUAUCCACGCGAGAACACGGCCUCCAAAUACUACGACCCUACUUCUGACCAUGGUGAUCACGGUGUAGAGCGAAGUGGUACGCGCUACGACGGUCAUUACCCACAACAGACUCGAGACCCUCACGCUUAUCCCGAGCCUCGAUCGGCUGCCAGCCCAUAUCAGAAGACGUUCCAAUCCCCCGUCGCGCCUGCCUUUCCGCAUCACUCGCCGCGCGACCAUCCUUCCUCCCAGAGGCGUACAUCGGGUGGAAUGGAAGCCAUGUCGCACUCUCCCGUCUCGCCAACGGCGGUAUAUCACCGGGGCGCGGUGCAGCCUCCAGCAUCCAACUACCCACGGCGAUCUUCGAUAAAAGAUGAGGCUCCGCCACCUCCCCGAGCAGACCCAAUGUCUCUCUCUAGCAUCAUGUCCUCCGGCGCUGAAUCGGAUCCUCUUCCCAAACCUCAAGCACCACCACCUCCGCCACCUACCCUUCCCGUCGAACCUCAACCCCGCCGACCCUCCAAGUCACCCGCCUCCAGCAAUUCGCUAUACGUGAAGCAGGAGACCGCUCCUCCUCCUCCUCCUCCUCCUCCUGCACCUGCCGAUCUACCUAUACCAGCUAAGACAACCGCAAAGCGCGGGUACGAGGCAAUGCCCCCCGUCGGAAGCUUCGCGCCGCCGCGAAAAAGUGCGCCCCGCGAGAUCCCCGUUCCGGACGAGGCUCAGGUCGAGGUCGAGCUGGCUCGCAUCGAGACAAUGGAGAUGAGCGACGGUGAUGGUCCCGGUUUUGAGGUCGAAAAGGAGGAGUACAAGGAGAGCAAUCGCAAGCGUGCCAUGGAAGUGGAAGCUGUUGAGUCCGGCAAGCGCAAGCGACGAAGGCUUGUAUAUCUCAAGCGCUACGCCACCAAUCUCAGCGCCCAUCGUGACGCCGCGAAACAGAGCUUUGCCGUGGAACACGAAACCGAUGCUUGGCAGAAGGUGCAGAACCAGGAGAUCGCCGAGGAAAAAGAGCGCAAGAAAGACAUGCAGCGCAAGCGGAGACGCGAAAAGACUAUCCAGAACGAGGAGGCAAAGCGUGCAGAAGCUCUUGCCAAGGCAGGUCAAGCCGAGAACGAGGAGGAGAAGGAGAAACAUCUUCGGGAUGCACAGAAAGCGGAGAAGAAGGCGAAGACCACGAGCCAGCUUCUUCAGGGCAAUGUGGCCAACAAGGAAUUCCGCGAGAACACGCCGCAUGCUCCGAACCUUGAGGGUGGUACCAUGAGCUCCUUCCAAGCGUCUGAGGAUCCGCCUACAAGCAAACGAAAGGGAGGCCGAGGCGGGCGCCUGAAGAAGAGCAAAGAGCAGAAACAAGCAGAGAAGGAUGCUGCUGCUGCAGGACAGGCUGCCCUGGAUAGAGGUGACGAGCUCCCAUCGAUCGCACCACGCGAAGAGGCACGUCUUGAAGCACUCAAGAGCCGCAGCCAGACCGAAGACCCAGUCCCUGCUGCUGCUGCUGCUGCUGCCGCCGCCGCCCCUGCUGCAGCCCCUGCCCCAACAGGACCUCAGAGUUCGUUCAAUUCGCCAGCAUUCAACAAUCUCAUGGCCCAGAUCUGGAAGGAUAUCGCCAGGAAGGACAUACCCAAGGUCUACCGUGUCAAGGAGAACUCAAUGAACACGAAACAAUCCAAUCUUAGAAAGACGGCUCAGCUCGCUUCCAAGGAAGCACGACGAUGGCAGAUGCGUACCAACAAGAGUCAGAAGGAUACGCAGGCCCGUGCCAAACGAAGCAUGCGUGAGAUGCUCAACUUCUGGAAGAAGAACGAGCGCGACGAGCGCGACCAAAGAAAGAUGGCCGAGAAGGCAGAGUUGGACAAUGCGAAGAAGGCUGAAGCCGAACGUGAAGCCAACCGGCAGAAGCGGAAACUCAACUUCCUCAUCUCGCAGACAGAGCUCUUCUCCCAUUUCAUCGGCAAGAAGGUUCGCACGGACGAGAUUGAGAGGUCCACCGACGACGCAGAGACUGCUGCAGCGACAGCGCCCACCACAGAAACCAAGCCGACCGUGGAUGUUUCAAGCAUGGAAGUCAAGCCAGGCGCGAAAGUUACGAACUUCGAGGAUCUCGACUUCGAUAAUGACGACGAGUCUGCGCUCAACCAAGCUGCCAUGGCCAACGCCCAGCAUGCAUUGCAGGAGAACCUUAACCGUGCUCGUGCAUUCGAUAAUGGUGGUGAAGAUGCGGCCGCGGACUUCGAUGAGGGCGAGAUGAACUUCCAGAACCCAACGAGUUUGCAGAGCAUGGACGUGCCCCAACCCAAGCUCCUGAGUUGCACCCUGAAGGAAUACCAAAUGAAGGGUCUCAACUGGCUUGUCAACUUGUACGAGCAGGGUAUCAACGGUAUUCUAGCCGACGAGAUGGGUCUUGGAAAGACGGUGCAGUCGAUCUCCGUCAUGGCAUAUCUUGCAGAAACGCACAACAUCUGGGGUCCUUUCUUGGUCAUUGCACCUGCAUCUACGUUGCACAACUGGCAACAAGAAAUCGCCAAGUUCGUUCCCAACAUCAAGACCUUGCCGUACUGGGGUAACGCAAAGGAUCGAAAGAUUCUUCGAAAGUUCUGGGACAGGAAGCACAUCACGUACACUAAGGAUUCGCCGUUCCACGUCCUCGUCACAUCCUAUCAAUUGGUCGUCCAAGACGCCCAGUACUUCCAGAAGAUCAAGUGGCAGUACAUGAUUCUCGAUGAGGCCCAGGCCAUCAAGUCCUCGCAGAGUUCUCGAUGGAAGAGCCUGUUGGGUUUCCACUGCCGUAACCGUCUCCUUCUCACUGGUACACCCAUCCAAAACAACAUGCAGGAGUUGUGGGCGCUGCUUCAUUUCAUCAUGCCAAGUUUGUUCGACUCGCACGACGAGUUCAACGACUGGUUUUCCAAGGACAUCGAGAGCCAUGCUACUAGUAAUACUAAGCUCAACGAAGACCAACUCAAACGUCUCCACAUGAUCCUCAAGCCCUUCAUGUUGCGACGUAUCAAGAAGCACGUGCAGAAGGAGCUGGGUGACAAGAUUGAAGAGGAUGUGUUCUGCGACCUGACCUACCGCCAGCGGGCAUACUACACCAGCCUUCGCAACAAGAUCAGCUUUAUGGAUCUUAUCGAAAAGGCCGUCGGCGAUGACCAGGACAGCGCUACUCUCAUGAAUUUGGUCAUGCAAUUCCGUAAGGUCUGCAACCACCCCGAUCUCUUUGAGCGUGCGGACACCUGGUCCCCAUUCUCCUUUGGAUACUUUGCAGAAACCGCGUCUUUCCUGCGAGAGGGUCAAAACCUGGGCGUCGCUUACUCCACUCGCAACCUUAUCGAGUACCGUUUGCCUCGCCUGGUAUGUCGCGACGGAGGACGUCUCGACAUUCCUGGAAAAGAAAACCCUCAAGCCGGUUUCAGGGGUCACUACCUGUACAACCUGAUGAACAUUUGGAGCCCAGACCACGUCCAUCAAUCGUCGAAGGAAGCAGGGGCUUUCUCCUGGUUGCGACUUGCCGAUGUGUCGGCAACGGAAGCCUCGAAGAUUGCUAGAAGCGAUCUUUUCCAACGUGCUCUCAUCCAGGACGAGCGAUCAGAGCACCUUGGUCGGUUCAAUGUAUUUUACGACAAGGAGAACGGCCCACACGUGCCAAAGAACUCGAUGCUCAACAUUGUGGAGCGACAGGAGCGCAGACCUCUAGCCGAUAUUACCUCAGAGGGUUACAUGCAAACCCUUCUCAACGUGUCGCAAUCCGCCUUUGAAGAGACUGGCUUGAACAUCAUCGAGCGCUGUGCUAAGCCGAGCGCUUCAGCACCUCCGAUCGAACUCUACUGUUCCAGCCAGGCGGUGAUUGCCGAGAAGCAAAGGGACUUCUUCAACAUCCCCAUGCGCACGGCCCUGUUCGGCAUAUCUGAUAAGACAGAACUGAACAUGCUUGAAUCUAAGACGAGCUCGACUGCUCUCGUGGCUCGUAAUAAGCUUCCAGAACCGACCAACGCCAGAGCUCGUUUCACGCACGUCGAGGUCCCAUCCAUGCACCGCUUCGUCUCUGACUCCGGCAAGCUCGCCAAAUUGGACGCACUUCUCAAGCAGCUCAAGGCGAACGAUCACCGUGUGUUGCUGUACUUCCAGAUGACCAGGAUGAUCGACCUCAUGGAGGAGUACCUGACCUACCGCAACUACAAGUACUGCCGCUUGGACGGAUCGACGAAACUUGAGGAUCGUCGUGACACUGUCGCAGACUUCCAGAGUCGACCAGAGAUCUUUGUGUUCCUGCUAUCUACUCGUGCUGGUGGUCUCGGUAUCAACUUGACGUCUGCAGACACCGUCAUCUUCUAUGACUCUGAUUGGAAUCCCACGAUCGAUUCCCAGGCCAUGGAUCGUGCCCAUCGUCUCGGCCAGACAAAGCAGGUCACAGUCUACCGUCUCAUCACGCGCGGCACCAUCGAAGAACGAAUUCGAAAGCGAGCCCUGCAGAAGGAGGAAGUGCAGCGUGUCGUUAUCUCUGGCGGAGCUGGUGCCCAUGUGGACUUCAACACCCGCAGCAGGGAGAACCGCACCAAGGACAUUGCCAUGUGGCUCGCAGACGACGACCAGGCCGCAGAGAUCGAGAAGAAGGAGGCCGAGUUGGCGGAGGCAGAGAGGAACGCACCGCCUGGCCGCAAGCGCAAGAAGAAGAGGGCAGAGGCCGCAAGUUUGGACGACAUGUACCACGAAGGCGAAGGUCAUUUCGAUCAAAGCGAAAGGCCCAGUGGUGCAGCGACUCCCGUGACCGGCGGAGACAUCCCAAUCGGUGGCAAGAAGCGCAAAGGCGGCAUGAGCAAGAAGGCGAAGACAGCCAAACAGCGACUCGCCGUUGCCGAUGGCGAGAUCUAAUCACCUUCACACAUUACACUGGAACUUUGUAAUUCUACAGGCAACGACCUUUCCAUUUCACCAUGUCGAGCACCAACCACAUUGAAGACCA